CGGGUCUCCUAUAGUACAGCAUUUAAGGGGUGUCUGAUCGCACAAGCAAGACAGAGAAGUCCGCGCACUUAUAACAAGCCCACAUUGAAACGUUUCGAUGCUGCUAUAGUGACUGAAGUGGCAGGUGCUUUGCCUGCGUUCUCUUCCAAGAUUCGAACUCAGAAAUUAAAGUGAUCAAGUUUGUUUUAGGGAUAUACUAGCCACGCAGUGACUGACUAUAUAGUAGUUUUGCUAAAUCCAACCGUUUUUUUCCUCGCUACAACUGCAACAGAAGAACUUGGAACAUCAGUAUUAUUUUGAAUUAGUAGGAGGCUACACGACAAAACGAGAAAGGUGAGUUAAUAAUUGUAUUCAUUUUAUUUUGUCCCUGACCCAUAACAGUUUAAUGUUGGACUUGAAGAUACUUCCAUUAAUGUGUCUAAUAUGUCUAUUCAUUUGUCUAAUAUGUUCAUGCCUAAUUUGUUUAGGCUAGUUCAUGUCAAAUGUCUAACAAAACUAGAAGAAAAAAAAUUAUCCUUUGUGAAUUAGGCUAAUAUCUUCUGCAUUUAGUUUAUAAUUCAUAUAAGCCAACAUAGUUUAGACGCGCAAACUUCAUGAUUUGGAAAGCAUCGAUCAUUUCAUUGCUGACUCUCUUGUUUCGCAGCCCAUGGCGGUAUCUAUGCGUUCCUGCUGGACGCUGGCUCUGAGCGCGUGCCUUGUGUUGACGGUGAGUGCGGACUGCGGGGCAGACUGCGCAUAUUGUAUUCAUCACCUACAACUUCAAAAGACAGACAUCAACUCUCUCGUAAGUAGGCCUACAACUACAACACCCUUUUUGUUCCUUUUUCAUGACAUGAAGUUUGUAUUAAUAGGGGAUUACUGAAUGUUCGCUCUCUAUUAGGCUAUCUGCACGCGGGUUUCUCAGAACUUUUUUCGUAGAGCCGCUUAGAUUUCCAAGAAUUUGCUACUACCACACAAUAGAUUUCAUACCAGAGAUGAAUGCGCAUCACAAUCAUUCGCUGGUUUUGUGAUUUGGCUACUUCCACUGUAUUGAUCACUUGGGAAUUGAAUAAAUAGAUGUAUGAUUUAAUUAUGACACCUACAAACUAUAAGUUGAUUAAUUAAAUUACAAAAAUUAUGAGAAGCAGCUGUAAAAUAGAUUUUGGGGCCAAUACACUAACUAGAGCGAGUCAAAAACAGUGGGCAAGGACUUGUCAGGAAAAAACGACUUGAACCACAAACCACCGUUGACUAAACAUUUGGCAAAUUGUGUUUCUGCUGAUAGCAUUGAUGGCUAUUAUUUUGUAGCCUACAAAGAAAUAUAUUGUUUUGUAAAUGCAUAUUUAUUUGCCAAGGGAAUCUCGGCAUGCCUAUAAUUAUUUUGGAAACAAUGCAAGUCUGGUUUAAAAAGUUUACAUUUAGGAAAAUGUUGAUUUAAAAACAGUAUGGCUACUGUAAGUGUACAGAGCAACCUAAAGCAUAUGCUUAAUUUUUGUUCAAUUAUUUGGGUCUAAAUUGUGCCAAGAAUGACAUGCAAACUUGCAUGAUUUCUCAAGAGAAACCCUAAAUCAUUUGAAUAGGAGAGUAUGGACCGCCUAGUUUGACUAUAGUGUACUUUCUAUUUUCCACCACUAGAUUGCAGUUAAGUAUCAGAUUUGAUCACAUGAAUAUGGCUCACUUUGACUGACUCUGUAGAAACUAUUAUCUGCAUUAUGUCAUAAUGUUGUUUUAAAUUCACCAAAGUAGAAUUAUAGCAGAUGGGGAAUACCCUCCCCAAUCGCCUCCUAAAGCUUUGCCUGAGGCAAAGGAGGGGGUUGAUGGUGGUGAGAAGCAAUGUCACAGACCAUUAGAGAUUGAGCUUUCUAGAUGCUCAGGAUUGAUUUGCUUCUGGUAAAUAUACUACAUGGAACGAUGAAACACCCAAGGCACUGUGGUGUUUGUGUGGAGCCCCCAGCCUCCCAACUCCCACGACCAAUCGCACUGUGCUGGCGGAUUUAGAGUGACAUUUAUCACCCAACAGAGAGCACUUAACGUCUGAUUGGCUGUGAUCACUGGGUCUCUCUCCAUCAAGCGUACUGUAGUUCUACCGCAAACCUGAGCAUUGUGCUUUUCAAGUGGAUAAUGAGAUUUAUGGGUUAUUGGAAAGGAGAACCACAAAGAGACAAAUAGAUUUCAAGGGUGGACAGUUGAAAUAUUGGAUAGAGGAAUAACCUGGUUUAUCAUCCUAUGUGAUCAAUUUAAAUGUAAAGAAAAUAGUUUCAUAACACUGAUAUUGCCUUAUGACUUCUGAUCUCAAUCUCUCCCCCAGACAUGUACGUUAGAGUGUGAAGGAGCUCUUAGCCCCAAGAAGUCCUGGGAGCUGUGUGAGGAUGUCCUGCAGGCUAGAAAUGCCGACAGUUCCAACAGAGGAAGACAAGGCUACCACAGAGACCUCCAAGCUGGACAACAACGACCCACAUCAACUAGUAAAGAAGUAUGGCGGCUUCAUGAAACGCUACGGGGGCUUCAUGAAGAAAACGGCAGAACUGUACGGUCCUGAACCCGACGAUGUCGACCACGGCAGGGAGAUCCUGUUCAAACGCUACGGCGGGUUCAUGAAGAAGAGUGGCGAGCCAGAAGACACACUGAGUCUGCUCCGGGAACUGAUGAGGAAUGUGGAUGGCGGCGAUGGCGGGGUGGAGAAACGCUACGGAGGCUUUCUCAGGAGCGCUAGACAGAGCUCUGACUUAGAGAAUGGUAUCCAAGAGCUGCAGAAGCGCUACGGCGGCUUCAUGAGGAGGGUGGGCAGGCCCAAGUGGAGGGAGGAGCAGAAACGCUAUGGAGGCUUCCUCAACAAGCGAGCCUGGGGGGAGGAAGAGGAGGACGAGAUGGAAAAGGAGCGUGUGGAGUUGGAAGAUGUUCCUGACGUGGUAGAGAAGAGAUACGGAGGCUUCCUGGGAUACUGA